AUGCACACACAUCACGGGAUCUCGAUUUCGUCUUGCCAGCACGACGAGGAGUUUGGCCGCCAGCAGCGGUUUCGCCACGAGCUGCGAGCUCAACCUCGUGCACUGGGGCUUUCGGACGCGCGGCGGUGCCCAGAGCUGUGGCGCAGACGAGUGGUGCCCGGCCGCACGCUGACUGACAUUGACUCUCUGCACCACGUGACGUAAGCAGAUAUCAGUGCACACGUGGCAGACACACACACAGACAGACAGGCUGGCAGCAGGCAGGCCGCUGCGCGAUUGAUUGAUUGGUGGAAUGGAUGCGGCUGAUGCACGUGUGUGGCUGAUGCACGCAAGUGCCGACACCCUCACCACUGAUGUGUUUUCACACACGGACGUGUGCCCCAUCUGUCUGUCUGCCGUUGCCUGUCUGUCUGCCUUGCUGCCCGCAGAUCUCGUCUUGGCGGUUCGUGCGGCUUAGAGCACAUCGCCAUCGGUGAGGACCGACAGAGGUGAGCGAGUUCACGACUGGUGCAUGGAUACACAUAGUCGUCUUCUCUCAUGUGUGCGAUGCAGCCCUCUGAACGCGCCACAAGGCAACGCGGCUGCGUAUAAUGCUUUCCGAUCAUGCAGAUCCACACCGGCCGACCAUGGUUGCCGGUGCUGUUCAGCGCAGCGUGUCAGUGGUCACUGUGCGGCGCCGAUAGUGACAGAUAGCUCCUACGAGAUGGCAUCUUCUACCCAAGAAGCCAACAGCAAUGCGGCACCGGUAAGCACACCACACCACAGACCUUCACUCACUUGAAGAGGGGCGGGCAAGGCAACAUAAAUAUCAAUCACAUGCCAUGGUGAUCCUGUUCUUCGUGUGUGUCAGGUGUGUCAUUUGCUGACGACGCUCCCCGAGUCAUGCUUCAGUGGCCACAUUAGCCCCCUUCUCGGCACACAGACCAUUAUCACCAAGCUGGCGCUCACUGCCCCGUCCCUCAGUGUCAUCUCCCGCAAGCCCGCCAUGCACAUUACGCUGCGCCUCGGCAAGGACUUCAGCGACAAGAUCGACAUGACCAAGCAGCAGAUCGCCGUGUGGGGUGCAGCAUUCCGCAACACCAAACACGCGACGAUGGUGUGUGCCCCCACGACGAGCGUGGUGGAGCUGCUCGAGGAUGCCCGCGGCACACUGGAGGAGCUGCACGCCUGGUCGCACACCACUGGGAGCCUGUAUGGGUACGGCCCGCUGAAGGGGCGACGGCAACAUGCUAUGGGACGUGACGAGCGCAUCUUCCCCCGGCUGCGGUGCGUGUGGGUCGCCGAGUGGUGGCUGUCCGUCGCCAACAAACGGCACUGGGAGCUUCCGUAAGUGGCUGAGUGAGUGCCUCAGUGAGGGAUUGGUCAGUCGGAUGUCAGGGAUGGAUGUGCUCACGUGCAUCAUGUCAGGGCCCUGAUUGACGUGCAUCUUCGCGAUAGCACCGUUUGUUAUCCCAUGGCGCAGAUCUCCGAGAUUGAGUACGGAACGUGUUCCGGCGACCAUGGCUGGAGGUGCACCGAGUGGCUCUCAGGCGAAGGGCCGCAUACCCUGACGCUCGAGACGGGCACUUCAGAGGGGUGGGAGCUGACCAACCUCUGGGACAUGUUGAAGCCAUCCAUCAAGUGAGGAAGGGGGCAACGAACAUGCGUGUGUGCGCGUGUGCGUGAGGGUCGAUGUGGAUGUGGAUGUACUCUGUGUUGGCUGCGCAGGCGGCUCAAGGGCGUAUGUUGUCCGUGUGGUGCCGACGAGCUGCCAACAUUCUGCAUGGACUGGAACAUCGCCGAUUGUGGGCUGCAGCUGGACGAGCUCCACAUGGUCCUCAAAGCCGUCCAUCCCACAAGAACGCGCCAGGUGUGUGUGUUACAUGAGAUGAGAUAGCGCAAGGCAAAGAGAAGACCAAGACCCCGCCUGACGUCCUCCGCGUCUGUGUGUGUGUAUGUCUGCCACCCGUCAGGUUUUCCACAAGAUCGACAAACUUCUGUCGACCAGUCUGGCGCCCAACGGCACCUUCAACAUCACGUGCACACCGGACAUGACCUUCAACACGAUCGAGCACCUGGAGCUGCUGCAGGAGCACCCAUCGUGGGCUGGCAUGCUCACACGAUUCGCCUCUGCAGCUCAGUGUGUCGAGUUUCCUUCUGGACUGGCUCAGGGGGAGGCGGUGCCGACUGUUGUGCUGUAUCGGCUGCCUCAGGUAGUCUUUUCGAGUGCUGAGACCCUGUACCUGGGGGCUGGCUCCGAGCCGCCCCCUGCGGCGCUUUUGUCGCACAUAUCCGAUCGCUCCUUUCCUCAUGUGACCACACUCAGUCUGGGGCAUGCAGAUGGGGUGAGAGAGGACGCAGUCAGGCGGGCCACCGACCUCAGGUCGCUGCGGGAGGUGCGCUUUGAGAUGAGUGGACUACUUGGGAUAUGGGUGGCGACUGUGCCGUUUUUGUUCCCUCUGUGCCUCGGUGCGUGCAGCCAGACAGGUCCCCUGCUGCACGUGCAUGCCGACUGCCGGCACACCGCUGUGAGCUUCGACUGUGUGUGGUCGCUGUGGGGGGCCGGGGGCGGGGCAGUGGGUCAGAAAGGCAUCGAGAAGCGAGUCCAGAAGAUCACUGUAGAGGUACACGGCGCGAGCCUUGGAGUGUCAGGCAUCUUGCCGGUGUGUCUGGAGGCCAUCGACAAGUGCCCUUUUCUCGACUCCAUCGCUCUCCGCCGCUCAACACUCUGCUUCUGCUUCUCUGGCACAGUCGAUCGGCUAGGAAGCGACCUUCAGGCAGUCAAAGGCAGGAUGGUGUUGCGUGGCUUCGUAGCUGUGCAGGUCGACCUCGAUUCUGACAGUCGGUCCUGUAAGAGUGCCGAGCUGUGUCGCGUGUUUGGCUGCCUCUUCCCUCGUGGUCUGCGUGAGCACAUGUCGCUGGCAUCUCUAGAGGGGGUGUGCACGACGUCGCGUCUCUCUCUGGAUGACACCGUGUCGCUGCCGGAGGCCAUUCUGGCCCAUUUCGGCCUGCGUUUCCCCCGGUGUGUUUCUCGCCACCUGCACAAGGAGUGGGAGGCGGGCAUGACGAAAGAGAUACGCUCGGAGUGGCCUGAGCUCCGCAGCGAAGCUAGGCGCAAGAGAGGCCUGGCUGCCUGUGGGUGAUGGCUGAAUCAGCUCGUUCAUGUGUAUGUAUUGCAUAUGCCUAGCUGCCUGACGUCAGGCUGUCUCGUUUUUAACUUUAUCAGUGACCAUGGUGGGGGGGUGAAAGGAAGGGGGACGCGUCAGUGAGUGCAUUAGUGCAAGGUUCUGCCUUUGCGUGUAUCUUGCUGGCUCGGUCGUCACAGUUUUGCCCUUCUGCUGACGGAAAGAGUGGCCCCACACACCCCAUGCACUUGGAGUACGUUGUGUGUGGGCAGACAGGCUAUGAAGGCAGUGAGUAGGUUGUGGUGCCGCGACUGGUUUUUCGACGGACAAGGGGGGCCGCCAGUCACACACAGUGAAUGCAUUUCAUGACCGUUGCAUCUCAGGCUGCAUUUGUGCGAAGUUUGGCAAGUGCAGUAGAUGGAUCGAUGGAUGGAUGGAGAGAUGCCACACGCUGCACGUGAUAGGUAGUAUGUGUGUGAGUGUGUGUUCAGGUGUGUGUAUGCCGUUCAUUCGGCGUGUGGGUGUUAAAUGAAGGAGGACAUUUCCCCGGCCACAAGACUAUCUGGUUGA